GAAUUGAAUGAAACUAACGUGCCGCAGAUAACGGACGAAGAAUUAUUACCUUACGCAAAGAAAUGUUUUGUUGCCAGAAGACAUUUGCAGCACCUGCAGGAGGGUUUUAGCACUACAAAAUCUUUGCAGAGCUCAAAGGAACUUAAGUUGAAGCUAGACUCCCUUAAAUUAACUUUAAAGAACACUCAAGAAGCUAAGGAUCGUUUUCAUUCUGAUGUACUUCUCGAAAAACAUCCCGUUUCUAAGAAAAUCAUCCUGCAGAAAGUGGCUGCAUAUUUGGAGGACAGCAUUAAAAACAAACGGGCAAUGUGCAAUCGAUAUAAAAUACAGAUUGAAAGCUUGGUGAUGAAUAACAAUAAGCUGCUGAGUCAAUUGAAAGACCAAAACAAGAGACUUAAUUUCAUUGAUACUGAAAGAUGUCAGGAGAUGAAGUAUGAACACAUGAAAACCUGUGACGCCUUACGCAAAAACAAAGAAAACGUCGUCGUCUGUAAGACAAAGUGCAACACUCUUGGACUAAAAUUGUUGGAACUCAAAAAAGCACUGCAAAAAGAAGAAUCAGAAUUCUCAACUGUUCAAGAGGUUUUAUCCAAGAAAAAAUACAUGAAAAGUGUUAUGCUCUCUGAGAAAGAAUGGAACGAACAAAGAAAGCAAGGUUUGAUUGAAGCUAUUCACAAGAUAAAAGUGGAUCCACGACGCCAUGAUUUACCAGAGGUAUUUGAUUAUGCUUGUGCCAAAAGAGAAAAUGAAAAUAUAAAACGAAAUAUAAAAACGUGGAAGAAAAAAGUAGAAUAUGCAGAACAAGCCAAACUGAUGCAUAUCAAUGCUUUACAAAAGAAAAAUAAAGCAUCUUAA